AUGGGAAGUUUCACAUUUCGAUGGCCAUAUCCAGCGAACGAGGUGUUUGUCACUGGCACCUUCGAUGACUGGGGUAAGACUGUGAAAUUGGAUCGCAAUGGCGACAUCUUCGAGAAGGAGGUUCAUCAGCUCGCGACGGAUGAGAAGAUACACUAUAAGUUCGUCGUUGACGGCAUCUGGACUACCGAUAACGCUGCCUUCGAAGAAGACGACGGCAAUCGCAAUAUCAAUAACGUCCUCAACCCCGAUCAGAUCCAACCGGACUCAUCUUCACAUCAAUCCAACAGUGAUCCGAUGGUCACCGCCACUCCAGAAGUAACAACUGCUGCUACGAUGGCUGGUAUUCCCACAGAUUUCGAGAAAAGAGCCAAUGAGGCGACUAUCUCAUCCGCUGCGCCUGGAUCAACAACUGCUGAUCUCGCCAAGGCGGUGCCUCUCGAACAGAGAUCCAACGUCCCCGGGACGUUUCCAGAGACACCUGGACAGGAAGCCGAAGCGUUCUCAGUCAAUCCCAUCCCUGCGUCUGGGACUAGCGGUAACCCCAUCAGUCUGAAACCAGGCGAGAAGGUGCCUGAUCCGAGCACCUUCACCUCCAACACCGUCCAGUCAACUGCUCGGACCGAUCCUGCGGGGUACGCCCAGGAUCCGGUUGCCUCUGUUCUAGGAGGCCAGUCGAAAGGAACCGAGACCGCUGGAGCUAGUGCUUUUGGCCUUCCUCCAGUCUCCAAAGACAUCAUUCCCGAAUCCAGCCUUCCCAUGGGCGAACCCGCUCAGGGAUUCACGGAUCCUGGUGUGACCAUCCAGUCCGCAGGACCCGCCGCUACGACUGCUGGUCUUGCUGCUGCCGUCCCGCUCGAAUCCCAAAAAUACACCGGAGGUGCUGUCGAUGAGGUUCCGGGUAUCGUAAGGGAAUCCAUCGCCGAGGCUCACAAGGACCCCGAAGCCGCGGCCAACCCAGAAGUGGUGGAGGAGAAAAGGGAAAUGGAGGACGAGCUACAGAGGAGAGUACCCAAGGAAAAUUCUCCUGGCACGCCUGCUCCAGACAUUGGCGCGGCUCACGUGUACGGUGGCGCUCCAGUCGCCGGAGUGCCCGCUCCCGUGAAGCACUCCAUUGCGGAAGCUCACAAGGAUCCCGAGGCGGCUGCCAACCGGGAAGCGGUCGAAGAAAAGGCAGACAUGGAGAAUGAGCUUCAAAGGAGAGUGCCCUUGGAGAAUUCUCCUGGCACACCUGCGCCCAACAUUGCCGCAGCUCCGUUGGGUGGUGGCAACCCCGUCCCUGCAGUGCCCGCCCCCGUCAAGCACUCUAUUGUCGAUGCUCACAAGGAUCCCGAGGCGGCUGCCAACCGGGAGGCAGUCGAAGAGAAGAAGGAGGUCGAAAAUGAACUGACGCAGAAAGUUCCUCGGGAAGACUCCGUUGGUGCGCCCGCCCCUACUGCUACAGCCGCCACGACGGAGAGUGCCCCUCGAGCCACGGGCAUCGAGCCUCAGUCGGAGCCCAUGUCUCCCGGAACGACCCCCCCUGCCCAGGGUCCUACAGUGACUACAGGGGUCGGGUCUGCCAAGGCUCCCGAAGUCUCUGGUCCCGGAUCGAAAGGAGAGUCGACGACUCCGAUGCCCAGCACCAUCACUGACAAGGACACUGCUUCCGGGUCUAAGGCUGCAGACGUCCCUCCCGCUCCCAAGGAUACGGUCUCCGCUGCUCAAGCACAGGGCGCUGCCGCCACUUCUGCCACCAACGGGCAAUCCAAAGCCACGGGUGCCACCAACGGCGCGAAGAACGGUCUCCAUGAGGAGAAGAAGCGGAAGAGGAGUCUCUGGACCCGACUCAAGGAGAAACUCAAGUAA